AUGGCUACGCCGUCGGCCAAACCUGGCGCAACUCCAACCCACCUCUCCUCUCCCCAUCCGUCCUCCGCUCCUCUAUCUCGAUCUCUCGCCCAUAAAUCACCUUCAAUGAGGACACCCACAGGCUCAGGGCCUGGCCAUGCACACCAGACGAGUGUCUCAUCCCACCAAUAUGCGACGCCCCUCGCUGCGACUAGUGGGGUUGAUGACCCCGUUAAUUUCACCUCCCCUUCAGCUCUUUUAGCACUUGGUGGGUAUGCCGGUAUUAGCCCAUCUCCGGUGAUCCAUGACGGUCUCGUUGGUGCGGGAAUGAAUGAGAACGAUAUCCAGAACCUCGGGAUGCAGGGAAUCAAGCUUGGAGUCGCGCGCGACAAUGACGAAGAGCAGAGACAUCGCAUCGAAGAAGUUGUCCAGCUGCUGCGGGCACGGGUGUCUGGCAGAGGUAUCUCCCGUGAGGGCGUGGAACGACUGAGUCGACUUGAAGGCUUCGAAUCAAUCUGGCAGGGUGAUAAUCUCAAUAUCGCGGGUAACUUCGUUGAUCUUGAGAUCGAUUUCUACGCUGGCCUUGAUGUUGUCAAAGAUGUCAGCUUGCGAUAUGCCACACCCGAAUACACAGAAGGCGUGCGGCGAGAAGAGGCUACGGCAGUUCUGAAACGGACACUCGCACAGUCCCCGGAAGACGCCGAAUGCGGGAAAUGGAGAUCUCUCCAAGAGUUCCACGAAAAUCUACACUGGCUUGCAAAACUUGAUAAACUUAGCCAAGAAGUUAAUUGCUUCGAGGCCUUGGAAAAUCUUGAAGAGAACUUCAAGCGGAUAUGGAUGGAGGAAAACAAGAAUGGGAAGCACGGCGGUGAAUACCAGCAUCUUUGCGCUGGUGUGCUUGGUCGUCCUACAAUGCAUAAGGGGAGUCGAAUUGGGCUCGGUCUGCAGUACUGGAUCGAGCAAGCCAAAGUCUUGGAUGCCAAAUCGAAUCUCCCGUCUUCGGAUGCUAUGGAGAUUGAUCCGCAACAUGAUCAAGGAUCAAAGGACGAAUUGGAUGAUCAAGAAAGAUCAUGGACUGUUAUGAUUGAAUGUGAAGAAGGAUAUCCAUCACUUCGUAUCUCGAAGGAAUGGGUCGGGAAUGAACCUUUUACUGCAGGUGAAAGCACCGAAGCACUUCCUUCAAACGGUGCUGCCGGGUCUGUGAACUGGCUUGAUCCUCCUCAGACUGUGCGGUUGACUCAUGGUAAUCAUGACCCUAUGGCUUUAGACUCCAGCAUGUUGGAGUCAUCGCCACCCAACCGCCGAUUUGUCGGUAAACUUGAGCCUGCGCUCGACGUUCCUAUUCUCGCAGCCUCCGAGAUUUACCGGCAUCUUGGUAUGACCCUGCCGCAGGAGUUUAAGAUGAUCACAUAUGAUGCCUUGUUGGUAUCAGAAUCCUCGCCGUUAACAUCACCGGAUUCGUCCCCCCAAAUUGGUCGCAGGAAGCGCCGCAUGUCAGUGCGUGGCGUUGACUCGAAGGGCGAAAAAUAUACGAAACAACAUAACUACACAUUCCAAACCUUUGAGUCUAUAACUGGUCGGACUAUCCGUGAUUUGCCUUUCUCACACCCUCGACAACUCUCAGAUAUUCUUCCCAUCCUCCGACAAUAUGCCGUCCUAGCCAACCUAAUCCGCAAGACAUGGAAAUUCCAAAAGCCCCCGCCCCCUCCCAUCCAAGCCCAAGACCUCUUUGUUGGCCAAGACGGACCCAUCAUUUUGAAUAAUGACGAUCCCAAUCAGGACCGGUUAAAUAUGAUGUUGGGUCUGAACAGCCUGGAUGAAACCAGCAGCAUCGGCACUGUAGCCGGAACUUCAACCCUUUCUUUUGACGGAAGAAGCCCCCGGCAACUAUCCAAGGACGGUGUAAAGGUGGACGUGACAUUACGCAUCCAACUCGGCCAAGCGCCUGCCCUCAUGUUACUCAUCACAGACCAGAGUGAACGCGAAGAGAGCCCCCAGGCCUCUCAAUCCACCGAACCUUCCACGCAAAUCGCUAUCUGUUUCGAAGUCGGGCUCAACGGCCGUAUCUCGGUCGUGGAAACUGCUGGCUUUGUGGACGGCGAGCAAGGCGGAGACACUGAAAUGCAGGGCAUGGAUAACUCAGAUUCGGAUCUGCAAGAUGUACAAAAGAAGAUUGCUAGGGUGCUUGAAGUUUCCCAAGACUUGAGCAUACUGGUCGAGUGGGUCCUGCGUUGGAUGCAACAACGGGCUGGGAAUGUGUGA